AUGGUGAAUUUCACAUAUGCCACCGAGUUUGUUCUACUCGGGUUCAGAGGGGGCCCAGGCACGCAGACAGCGCUGUUCCUGGUGUUCCUGAUCCUGUACGUCGCAGCCGUGGUGGGGAACCUCGGCUUGACGGUCCUGAUCGGGGCCUACGCGCACCUGCACACGCCCAUGUACGCCCUGCUGCGCAGCCUGUCGGUGCUGGACCUCUGCUACUCGUCCACCAUCGCGCCCAGGGCGCUGAUCGACUGCCUGAGGCGGGACCGCGCGGUCUCCCUGGCCGGGUGUGCGGCGCAGUUCUUCUUCCUAUCUCUCUUCGGUACCACCGAGGCCUUCCUGCUGGCCGCCAUGGCCUACGACCGCUUUGUGGCCAUCUGCAGCCCUCUGCUGUACCCCGUGCGCAUGUCCCCGCGGGUCUGCGCCAGGCUCGUGUCAGGGUCCUACUUCGGGGGCGCAGUAAACGCCGUCACUCAAACGGCGAUGACCUUCAGCCUGUCCUUCUGUGGGUCCCUGGAAAUCGACGACUUCUUCUGCGAUGUGCCGCCCCUCCUGUCCCUGUCGUGCUCGGACACGGCGCUGAACCAGCUGGUGCUCCUGGUCCUGUGCAGCGCGGUCAUCGUCGGGGCCCUCCUUGCGAUCUCAGCCUCCUACGCCUGCAUCCUCGCAGCGGUCCUGCGGGUGCGCUCGGCGCAGGGGCGCGGGAAAGCCUUCUCCACCUGCGCCGCGCACCUGGCGGCCGUGAGCCUGUUCUUCGGCACCGCGUUCUUCAUGUACGCGCAGCCCGCCGCCGCCAUGGAGCAGGGCAAAGUGGCGUCCGUCUUCUACACCGUGGUCAUCCCCACCCUGAACCCGCUCAUCUACAGCCUGCGGAACCGCGAUGUGCAGCGAGCCCUGCGGAGCAGCCGGCAGAAGCUCGCGCUGAUCGGCGGGGGGUGGGGGCCCCCCGGCCCCGGCCCCCGCCCCCGCGCAGAAGCUGGCGCUGAUGGGCGGCUGCUGCGGCUCCCGGUCCUUGGCUCCGGCUCCGGGUUGCGCGGCGCUCGGUGGGCUCCAACCCAGAGACUCAGCACUCCCGGGCCGCUUGGUUUACUAGUCUGCGAACUGGAAGACAGUGUUUAA